GUACGGCGGAGGGCGCGGCCGGGGGAGAGCUAACAGCAGUAGACUACGGUACUGUUAACAUUACCAUCGCUGACCCGCCGUCGCCGCCACGCUAGCGCCCCCCUCCGCCUGGCUCCUGACUUAACUACCACGUAGCUGAGGCAAUUUGCGCCCUGCUCGACGAGUGACGCCCGUGAUAUAGGCGGGAACACCGUCUCUGUUACCUCAAGUAGGCUACGGCCCCGCCACCAUGGCUGACGCGUUUAUGGUGACCUCUGCGGCCUCGUCUCGCAGCUACGGACACUCGCCCCACGUCGACUGUAACUCAGCGCUGGCCCUACUGGGGUUUAUCCUCUUCAUUGACAUCCUCAGGGACAUUGUGGACUACGUCACCGCAGAAAAAGAGGCCGCCCUCGCGAGGAAAAAAAGGUGGACGGACGGCCGUGUGCUGUGGGAAAAUGGAAGCAAUUGGGAGGAUGAACCGGACAUUCUAACCUUCAUUAGCGAAGGAGGCAGCGAACAUCUUUACGACGCCCUACCAAGUAUUCUCGGCCCUCUGGUGGAGGAGUGGCAGUCAAGGGCGGACGCUGAGGGCGAGUGCCUCCAGCGGAGAGUGUGCCACGCUAACUGGGUGCUGGCUCGGCACUAUGGCACUGCUGGCCGGGUUAUAGCUACGCUACUGACGAGGAUGGUUGAAGGCGCCUCAGGAGGCGGGAGGAUGGCAGCGGUGGCUGGGAAGGCGGGAAGACGCCUCCACAGUUGCGAGUCAUUCCCCGCCUGUCCUCGGCCGCCGACCCUCUCUCUCAACGCCACCGAACGCUCUUGAAGGUGUAUAGGGGAACUCCACGCCCCCCUAGUGGGUCUCCACGGCCCCUAGUGACUCUCCAUGCCCCCUAGUGACUCCACGCCCCCUAGUGGCUCUCCACGCCCCCCUAGUGACUCUCCACGCCCCCCUAGUGACUCUCCACGCCCCCCUAGUGACUCUCCAUGCCCCCUAGUGACUCUCCAUGCCCCCUAGUGACUCCACGCCCCCCUAGUGACUCUCCACGCCCCCCUAGUGACUCUCCACGCCCCCUAGUGACUCUCCACGCCCCCUAGUGACUCUCCACGCCCCUAGUGACUCUCCGCGGCCCCUAAUGAUGGUUCCCAGCCGACGUGAACCCCCUAAUGCCAGGGGAGACGUCUAGAUCGACGCGGCGCCGAUGCUUCACCUGCUGUACAUGUGACUUUUUACAUUUCAUUCAAUAAAAAUAUGCCAAUUACCAUAUA